UGAAAGAGAGAGGAGCUGAUAGUAAUGGCUUUAUAUAAGAGAUAGUAAUCCGUCUUUAUUCUCCUCUCCCUUUAGAUUUACGCAAUGACAUAAUCCAAGCCUGUCAAUCAGACGGAGGCUUGUCCGCUGUGUGUGUAAUAGAAAGUACCAUGCUGGAAUUAAAAUGACAGUUCUACUGGGAUUUUUUCCAUCUGUUUGUAUAUUGUGCAUGAAUGUGACAGAGUGAGAGAGAGAGAGACAAAACAGCCAAUACUCUAAGCCAUAUAGAACCAUUGUCACGGGAGGUAUAUAGUUCUUUUCUGAUAUGAUGAACAGCGUAGCCGGAAAUAAUCUGUAAUCCCACAGUUUUCCCCCUUUUUAAUAAUCAGAUGUCACAGCCCCCGUUUAUCCAUCAGGCUCAACAGUUGGCUUCAAAGUUGCAGUUCUUUCCUGAAACAGGAAGGUGGAUGAGAUGUCAAGGAAAGUGAAUGGGACCUCAAGAAGAUUUGGAUUAUUUGUACAUGAUUGUGUGUUAAAGUGUAAAUGUUAGGCGCUCCUGUGCAUGUGGUGUUCAACUGAACAUUCUGGCUGUUCAACGGAAUGCAUCUGCUGCUGUUCAUUUUAUUCUGCCUCAGUCUCUGUUCUUCUGUGCUGAGUGCAGCUGUAACACCUCCAUGUAGUUCUGUAUACAGGGGUUUUGCUGAAUGUCUGGUCACUUUGGGUGACAGUGUGAGCUCCAAGACUGAUAACCCACAAGACAUCAACUCCAUAUGCAAGUCAUGGGAUGCUUUCCAGGUGUGUGUGAGUGGUGUCUUGUCAGGCUGCCGAGGUGAUGCAGCGGAAAUUUGGGAAUCUUUGAGAGCAGAAUCCCGGAAAACAGCAUUUGCUGGUAACCUCUACGACAUGUGUGCCAGUCGUACUGAAGCAGCGACUGCAAGCACACCUCUGGUUCCCAAUGCUGAUCAAAGCAACCAGGAAACACUCAAAGGACUUGCUCAUUCUGUCAGUAAAGAGCUGCUCCUCAUAUGCUUCUCACUUCUCCUGCUGCUUUGGAUGUAACCUCUCGAUUUAACAUAGCUGAACUGAUGCCAAUGACAGUGCUACAGACACAUACAUGUAUCUGCAUAGACUCUUUUACCUUGGUAUGUUUUAUUUAAUUUCAUGUGUAAUGUAAUAUGCAUGCUCUUUGAUAAGAUAUUCAAGACACUUAUGUUUUUGCUUGUUUAACAAUUAUGAUGAAAGGUUUCUAUAAAAAUCAGCCAUGUUCUGUGCUCAAAUCUAAUGGUUCAAUACAGGAUUUAAUAUCUGUUUGUGUCAAAGAUCGUAAUUAUAUAAUUAUAUUAAUAACUGAUAUAUUCUUAUACUAACAUAUGAUAUAUAUAAAUUAUAUACAAGAGUCUUGAAGUAUCUGCAAAAUGCAUUUUUAAUAUCUGCAAUAAAAUA